AUGAAGAUUCUUGAGGCCCAGGCUGCUGUCCUCUCCAACUACGAGGUCUACCAACAUGUAGCCGACCAAAAGGACCGUUACAAAAAGACCAAGCGUCGUGGUCCUCCCAAUAUGGAGACCGUUGCUCGUGAGCUGCUCCAGUACCUCCGCACCGCGCCGAGUCCGCUUAGCCAGACGCCCAUCACCUAUACACCCUCAUGCAUCAAGACCCUCAUCGAGCGUCUGCAGCCCUUUGAGCUGUCCAAGGGCGAGGUCGUCAUGAUUCUCAACCUGCGACCCUCUUCGGUCGCAGCUCUAAACACCGUUCUCGAGGACAUGGGCGACCGAUACACCGAGACCGAACAGGAGCAGCUUGUCACCACCAUUUCCGAAGUUCUGGGCCAGUUUGAGGAGCCAGAGCCUCAGGAAGUUGAAGGGGAUACAUCCAUGCAUGAUGCCGCCGAAGCAGCCCCUUGA